UGAAAAAGAUGAAUGAAGAUGGCGAAAGAGCGAGAGGUAAAUUUGCAAAUAAGUGAAAAAAUAUAAAGCCGGAAGUUCACUCUAAGCCAAUAGAUAAAUAAUAAAUAAAAUAAAAUAUAAUAUUUUUGAAGACAUUACAACGAAUAAUUUACAAACCGUUAUUGCUAUUUUUAACAAUUCCAUCGCGCAUUAUGAUUGCGUGAUCUCGCGGUGAGUUAUUAAACUAUUUACUAAUAUUACCUUUGACUGAUCAUGUAGCAGUCCUACUUAUAAUCCAACUUAAAUUUGUUUUUUUGUCAAUGAACCUUCAAAACAACUUAUGUAACCAUUCAAAAUGAAUCUUUUUCUUAACAAGUACACAUUUCCUCGAUAAAAAAAUGUUAUACUUUGUAUAAAUAUUAAUACCUAAUUUACUUUUCUUUAUGACUGUCUGUGUCUUAUAUCUUUAAAUACAAAUCAUCUCAAUCAAGUCACAUUUAUAUCUAUUUGCGUGUAUUAAAUCGAAUGUAACAAGCAAGAUGUAUUUUCCUGUUUUGAUAAUAUAAUGAACUACUUUUGUAACUUGUGUAAAUGAUAUAUUUUAAUGAUGCUUACCAUACAAUUUGGGCAAUGUGGAAAUCAACUAGGACAUACAUUAUUCUCAGAAGUAUCAUCUGAUUUGGAAUGUGCAAAUACAGGUGUCUCAUAUAAGGCUAAUUAUCAAUAUUCAGAAGACACAUUUAAUAAAUGGUUUAAUGGUAUAUCUAAAAGUAAUGAACGUUUGGCAAGAGCAGUUCUUGUUGAUACUGAGCAAAAGUUCUGCAGGUGGAACAGGAUCUGGUAUUGGAAGUCAUAUUACAAAACUAUUGCGUAAAGAAUAUAGUAAAAAAUCUAUUGUUACCACAACAAUAUUACCAUUUUCAUUUGGAGAAG